GUGAGUUUUAAGACUUAAUCAAUUUACGUUUUCUAUCAAAUUAGUUAGUGUUUGGUAGGAAAAGUUUCAAUUUUUAAAGUUUUUUUUUCUUCUAUAUAUAAUGAUUCUCUGAUCAGUGUUGAUCACAGAUCAUUUGUAUCAUAAUUGGGAUUAAGGGUUUGGAAUUGGUCUUUGGUUAGGUUUUUAUUUUCAGGUUUUGACAAUGGCGACGAACUCUUCUAAUGGAGAUCACCAAUUGACUACAAAGCAACCUCCCCCGCCAUCACCGCUGCGUUUUUCCAAAUUCUUUCAGUCCAAUAUGAGAAUUUUGGUCACUGGAGGCGCUGGUUUUAUUGGUUCUCACCUAGUUGACAAACUGAUGGAAAAUGAAAAAAACGAGGUAAUUGUAGCUGAUAACUACUUCACUGGAUCUAAAGAAAACCUUAGAAAAUGGAUUGGUCAUCCUCGAUUUGAGCUAAUUCGUCAUGACGUGACAGAACAACUGUUGGUUGAGGUUGAUCGGAUCUACCAUCUUGCAUGCCCUGCUUCUCCGAUUUUCUACAAAUACAAUCCUGUAAAGACAAUAAAGACAAAUGUAAUCGGAACACUGAACAUGCUUGGCCUUGCAAAGCGAGUUGGAGCAAGGAUUUUGCUUACAUCUACUUCUGAAGUAUAUGGAGACCCUCUAGUGCAUCCACAGCCAGAAAGCUAUUGGGGAAAUGUCAAUCCUAUUGGAGUUCGGAGUUGCUAUGAUGAGGGAAAGCGUGUGGCAGAAACUUUGAUGUUUGAUUAUCAUAGGCAGCAUGGAAUAGAAAUUCGCAUUGCCAGAAUCUUCAACACAUAUGGUCCACGCAUGAAUAUCGACGAUGGACGUGUUGUCAGCAACUUUAUUGCUCAAGCAAUUCGCGGCGAACCCCUAACUGUCCAACUUCCAGGAACACAAACUCGCAGUUUCUGCUAUGUCUCUGACAUGGUUGAUGGCCUUAUUCGUCUCAUGGAAGGAGAAAACACUGGUCCAAUCAACAUUGGGAACCCAGGUGAAUUUACUAUGACUGAGCUUGCUGAGAAUGUGAAGGAGCUUAUUAAUCCAGAUGUGGAGAUAAAGAUGGUGGAGAACACUCCGGACGAUCCUCGACAAAGAAAACCAGACAUAACAAAAGCAACGGAAUUGCUUGGAUGGGAACCAAAGGUCAAGUUGCGCGAUGGCCUUCCUCUUAUGGAAGAGGAUUUCCGUCUGAGACUCGGGGUUACCAAAAAGACCUAAAUGAACUUGGUGUUGCCCUUUGAUGAAUAUUUUGAUAAUACUUGGAAUGAGUUUGUUGCCGUUAAAUUGAGCAUUAUGGUGAGGAAUGUUGGAGGUUGCUUGAAAUUUUUGUUGUAUUAUUUUUACUCUGUCCCUUUUCUCUUUCCUUUUGUUUUGUUAUUGAUCAUGUAUUGGCUGAGAGCAAAGGAUAGAAAAUGUGUAGGACCAGGAAGGGCCAAUUUGUUAUAUUCUGUAAUUGAGACAGUAUGAUUGCUCUUUUUUUUCUUUAAUCCAAAUUUCUCUUGUUGGAAAUGUAUAAUUGGAAAAUUUUCUUACAGUUCAAGAAAAUUUCUCUAGCAGGAAAUGUACUAUUGAGUCAAACUUAUUAUUUAA